AGAGAGAGAGAGAGAGAUGAAAAGAGUUAGACUUCUAGGGUUUGUGGAUCUUUCUGCUGGAUGGCCUUGCCCUUUACAAAAACAGCAAAUAUCAGUGGGAGGGUGCAUGGGGCUCUUCUCAUCUCUACAUAAUACUGUGUUGGAACCACUGAUGAGAGGGUCCCAACAACAGUGAGCUCCAUAGCACUCGUGCUUUGUCUCUCUCCUCCUCUUCACCCUCUGAGUUAAGCUCGCUGCUCUCUAUUGGAUCAUUGCUUUUUACACUUCAAGGAUCCGUGCAGAACUGAAAGAAGUUUCUGCAGGAGGAUUAAAACUUUGAAAACAACCGAUGCUGGUUUCCUUCAUCAUCUGAUGUUUAUGAGACUUUUGCUUUUUUUUUCUGGAAUAAUGCCUUUGUGCUGGAAGAGAAGCUCCUGGUUGCCAGUGGUGUUUGGGACUGCGCUGGUCGUUCUUACUGCUGGUAAUGCUGGACCGAAUCAGGACAGGAGGCAACCUCAGUCAUCCUCGUGCUUUGGAGGCUUUGAUCUCUACUUUGUUUUGGAUAAAUCUGGGAGCGUGCAGCAUCACUGGACUGAAAUCUAUCACUUUGUUGAAAAUUUAGCUCAGAAGUUCAUAAGCCCACAGUUGCGGAUGUCCUUCAUUGUGUUCUCCACUGAGGGACAGAUCUUAAUGAGGCUCACAGAAGACAGGGAACGCAUUCGCAAAGGACUGGAGGAGCUUGAGUUGGUUCGACCAGGAGGAGACACUUUCAUGCAUCUGGGCAUCAUGAGGGCCAGUGAGCAGAUAUACCACGGAAACAUAGAAGGUUAUCGCACUGCCAGUGUUAUCAUAGCUCUGACGGACGGAGAGUUACACGAAGAUCUUUUCUUCUACGCUGAGAGGGAGGCCAACCGCUCCCGAAGUCUGGGUGCCUCGGUUUACUGCGUGGGGGUGAAGGACUUCAAUGAGACACAGCUGGCAAACAUUGCUGAUAGUAAAGACCACGUCUUCCCUGUAAAUGAUGGAUUUGAGGCUCUGCAAGGAGUCAUCGAUUCAAUCCUGAAGAAGUCCUGUAUCGAGAUCCUGGCAGCAGAACCAUCCAGUAUCUGUGCAGGAGAGUCCUUCCAAGUGGUGGUGAGAGGAAGUGGAUUCCUUCACGCCCGAAAUGUUGACAAAGUGCUGUGCAGCUUUCGAAUCAACGACACCCUAACUAAGAUGGUGAAGCCAUUGGUUGUGGAAGAUACAUAUCUACUCUGCCCUGCCCCAGUGCUUGAAGAGGAGGGGAUGGCAGCAAAUCUUUAUGUCAGCAUGAACGAGGGUCUCAGUUUCAUCUCUAGCUCGGUCACAAUUACCACCGUGAGCUGUUCUGAUGGGACCAUCCUGGCCGUAGCUCUGCUCAUCCUGAUGCUGCUCCUGGUCUUGGCUCUCCUCUGGUGGUUCUGGCCUCUGUGCUGCACUGUGAUCAUCCACGAACCACCACCACCGCCAGCUGUGGAGGAUAGUUCGGAUGAUGAGGACUUUGAAGCCCCCAAGAAGAAAUGGCCGACUGUUGAUGCCUCCUACUAUGGAGGAAGAGGCGUAGGGGGGAUCAAAAGGAUGGAGGUUCGCUGGGGUGAGAAAGGCUCCACUGAAGAAGGAGCAAAGCUGGAGAAGGCCAAAAAUGCCAAAGUGAAGAUGCCUGACCAGGAGUAUGUGUCACCACCCCCUCGGGUUCUUAACAAUGGCAUGCAGAAACCGCCGGCGCCACGCAACUGGUACUCACCCAUUAAGAGCAAACUGGAUGCAUUGUGGGUGCUUUUAAGAAAAGGCUACGACCGUGUGUCUGUAAUGAGACCUCAUCCAGGUGACAAGGGCAGAUGCAUGAACUUCACCCGUGUAAAAUCCCCCCCUAGCUACCCACACUUCAACAAUCACCCAUCUCCCAUCUACAACCCGCCUGGCAGGAAUCCACCUCCACCGCAGGGCACCCUACCACCGACUCCCAGCGCGCCGCCCUUCUCCUCGCUGCCUCCAACCCCUCCACCCAUUUCCACCCCUCCCCCUUACACACCACCUCCCAACCGGGCUCUUCCUCCAACCACCUUGCACAUACCCGCCCCACCGGCGCUCUCACCCACGCCUCUGCCCUGCGCUAGCCCAACCGGCUUGCUGCCACCUCUUCCCCAGGGACCCCCUCCUGGACGAGCCCCUCCACCUGCCCGCCCUCCGCCUCGCCCUGGCCUGUAGAAGUCUGGUGGGAGACAGGUGGUGGUCACACAAGACUGAAAAACAUAAUCCAGAGUUCCACCAGCACAUAGCCAUCUUUGAUUGUAACUACGAGUGAGGUGCAACAAGGUGCCAACCUCAGCAGGCUGUAGCCUUUCAGACUUGUGACGAGGAGGAGCGAGAACUUGUUUUCAGCUAUUUGUCUACUUUUGUACACAUCUAGCCCAACAGUGCAAUUGCUUGGAUGCUUGAAUUACAUAGACAUUCCCUAUAAAUGAGAUCACGCAGGCCGGCUCAAAAACAUUUGACUGAAGACUGUAUGAAUUCUGACCGAGCAGAGGAUCAACAGCUUGUACUAACAGCUUUAUACACAGGCCCUAGAGAAGGAGUACAGUUGUCUUCUGAAUGGCCAUGUCACUAAAAUAAAUGCCACUGUAAAGUUCCUGUUUUAUAUAAGAGAAAAGAAAAACACUCAUCCUGCAAAUGUUCCACAUACAGCAGAGUAAGGAUGAUGCAGAGGCAUCUGAAAACAAUCCUUUUUUUAAAUCCUUGAAUGUUUGCAUGCAAAAGUGCUCGAAUCAUCGUUUGUAGUUUUUUAACAUUUGUACUUGUUUUUAUACAUUUGUAAAUACUUUCAUUUUUUACUUUGUACUUGUGUAGACCACACUCUUCAUUUUGGGGAAAGAAAGACAAUCAUCGGUGAUGACGGCAUGGACAGUAAGUGUACUGAAACAGCAAUGCAAUGUAUCUGAACUUCCAGUGUUCAACUCCUGACUCGCAAACUAUUUUCAUCCAACCUAAUGUGAGCCAUGUCUGGCCCGUUUUCUGUGCUCAUUGGUGUAAACAGUAAAUUUGGCUUUACCAGAUGUAUGGCUGGAACUGACCUGACCAAGAUGACUAAUUACAGCUGUAGGUAAGCGCUGCAUAGGAUCUGUCUGUUAAGAUGAGGGUAACUCUGGGAAUCAGGGAAAAGCUUUGCACAUCGUCUUACUCGUCCACCUACGGCUUCAAAAAAAGUUGUACAUUAUUAAUGCAAAUAAGCGUGCUCAGUUAUGUGUGCUGUACAUUGAUGAGUCAGUAAACAAUCUUGUUUUACUUUUUUUUGCAGAAAGUCUUUAAUUCCUCUGAGAAUAAAAUACGAUGGAAGCCAUUUCGUGGAUGUUGAUAUGAAGCUUUUACUCUCAUCACGUCAUGGUUAGCAAUCCCGUCAGUACUGUACAGUAAACACAGACUGGUGUGCGAUUCAUUUAAAAAGCAAGGAAGCAGUUUAGCUACAUAAAAUCUGACUCCGUCUUCUCAUUCUUUUCUUCAGAUGCUAAUUUGAAAAACAUUCUGUUUUACUUCCGGGCAGCAAAAGCAGCCACUGAUCCACAUGUUUACUGUGUAUGCUUUCAUCAAGAGUCUGUAAAGCCUUUAAUGCAUUUAGCUGAAUAUUCCCUCAGGUCACUUUUUAUCCACAGGGCUCCUUUAAACAAUUUUCUGUACCUCCCAAACUAAAUGUACAGCUGUUCUGUUCUCAUUUACCUACUGACAUUACCACUGCGUGAAUGUCUGCAGGCCCUCACUCAUUCCUUGUGACAGAAAAACAGAGAAGAGAAUACUUCAUGUGCAGCAAACUCAUUCAAGAUGUUAAUAUAUUGCAUUAUGUUACAACACGAAUAGGAAAAUAUUUGAAACAAUCUAAUCCUCAGGAAAUAUGCAUGGGCUGCAGAAAUGAAAAAGCCUGUCGAGGGUGAUGACAUCAUGAUGAUCUGGGAAUAACAAAGAGGACAGAAUCAAAUCAGAGGGCAGAUUUUGUAGUAGAAUUUCGGGCAAAUUUUAAACUUUGUUGCUGUUGCUAACCUCUGUUUCUAAAGUAAAUCACAUACCCUCAUUGGCCACUUUGUUAGGUACACCUGUUCAACUGCUCGUUAACACAAAUAUCUAAUCAGGCGUUCACAUAGCAACUCUGUGCAUUUAGGCAUUUAGACAUGGUUAAGACGACCUGGUGUAGCCCAAACAGAGUAUGUGGAAGGGUUGUUGGUGUCAGAUGGGCUCGACUGAAUAACUCAGAAACAAUUGAUCUACUGCGACCUUUCUGCACAGCCACGUCUAAAGUUUACAAGGACUUCAAUCUGGAAAAAAAUAAAAUAAAAAUCAGUCUAAUGUCUUCAAAUGCAAGCAUCGCAUUAGAAUACAAACAGCACAAUGUAAAACUGGGUUCUUGUAAAUCAUUUGGCAGAAAAUGUUUGAUGGUUAUCAAAAGCAGCCAUGAAUUGCCAGACAGUAAACAUGUAAAUGUAACUGAAUAUUCAUUAGAUUUUCAAAAUAAAAUUACCAGCAUUUUAACUGAAGCUUCAGCUUUAAUGUUCACUGCUGCUGGCUCAAACUGACCAACCCUAAUGAAGCAGAUUUGAACAAUUACAUCAUUAGGUUUGUUCAUUUGGUGAUCAAACAUGAUGUUUCUGGUAGUCCACAGUAGUUGGAUUUUAAGUAGCAACUUAAAAAGAUCCAACUGCUGAUAAACAAGGAGACCUAACCUAAAAGAAGAUAAAGAGGACACAGCUGUUUAUUGCACUUUGACUUGGCGCCGUCAGGAAACAUCUAAUAGAUACCGGGUGAACCUGCUGAUUGCUCCCCUGCCCUUAUUAUGCAGAAGAUGCUAAACUUUUAAGAAAAGAUAAACACAAUAUCAAGUCUUGACAAGAUCGUAUAAACGACUACAGUUACAGAAACUCAGGUUUCUGCUUUUGGUUUUUCAGGACGUUUAGGCAUAGAGGGUUCAUGGUUAGAGAUACGCAUUUCCUGUGAUAACACCUAAUUCCUGCCCUUCUAACAAGAGGCCUGCAGCAGAGAAAAUCCGUUCUCCUUACGACACCAAGCUGUCUGCAAUUAAAGUCACAACAGCUGCUAACACUUAUUCAGCCCCACUGAUAAAAGCUGCAGUGACGCUUUGAUUUAUAAGAACUAGCAAAGUCUGGCUCCUACACAGAGGAUGUUACCUGCUUCACACGAUGCUCUUUAUAGAUGAGAAACUGCCCAGGACGCUCCUCAUGCUCGGACAAUGGAGGCUGUUACUGCUGAAAGCCGUGGUUACUUUCCAUAAUUACUCCACAGCUGCGUGUGAGGCCGCCGUUGUGGUUAGUUUCUGCAAUGAAAUCCUUCUGAGAGCUGCACUUGCUUUCACCAGGAACUUGACUCUUUACCUCUCAGUCUUGCUGAAACUGAACACGUUCAUCAGGCAGAAGCUAGCAGGUGUGCUCCUGGCACGUGAAGACUUGGACCAACAUGCAUGCUCAAGCUGCUGCUCCACCUGGCCUCCAUCGCACACCUUGAGCAAUUACAGCUGCCCUCCGAGUGGCUGUGGAGGAAGGAGAUCUGCAGAGCCCUUAAAGCCAAUCAAGGCAGUGCUGCUUGUGCUGCCCGCGCUCUGCCGCUUCUCACUAUCUCUGUGUUUGAUGUCCUUUGCUCUCGUUCAAGUGGCAGUUUCACUCCUGCCUUGUCUGUGGAGCAACCUCAGACGCUGCGUCUCCACUGUGACAGCUCUACGUGAGAGCAUCAGACCGAUAGUGUCCGUCUUCCUGGAGUUUGGCACCAGCGGCGGCGUAUCGUUACUUUGAGCUACCCCUAAAUACCUCCAGUACCUCAACUCUUUGUGCAAUCUAUCACCUGAAAAACUAAACACGUUAUUUUAAUGACAAGUCCAAAUGUGCCUGAAUUUCUACAGCGUAUUUAUUGGAAUAAAAAUCGUACAGACACCUUUUGUUAUCACUGUCAGUAUUUUAGGUCACGUAAAUCCACAAGCGCACAAAUCCUCAAUCCAAUAACUCCCAGACACUUUUAAAAGAUACGUACGUGACACUUUAUUGCAUCAGUUCCACUAAUAAAUAGUACUCCCACUCCCUCUGUAACCCAACAGAUGGUGCUAGGAUCCAGUGCAGCAUCCUUGAUCAAUACAUCCAGACAGUAAAUCAAAAAGUGUUUCGAGUGUGGGUUACAAAAGUACCUGUAACAACAUUUCACUGGCUCAGAAAAGGCUCAAGGGGGGAAAAUGAAGUCCAAGUUAAGGCUUGAUUGUAAAUGCAAGAUAAAUAUCUUUAAACUUAAAGAAUGCAGGCUUAAAAAAAGCUGCUCCUAUUCUUUCUCUACUGCAUAACUGUGUGUGUGGGUCUGUGUGUGUGGGUCUGUGUGGGUGUGUGUGUGUGCGCAAUGUCACUUUUUUUCUUGGCUUCUGAAUUUAAAAGACACCUGGGAUCACAGACACACAGCUUGGCAUUUGGCUUCUGACCAAAGUCAACGUCUACAGUAUGACAUGCUGCCAAGCGACUGUGUGUAUACGUGCCCUCAGGGCCUCAGAAUAACUUCAUAGCAUACGAUCUGCAAAAUCAGUUCAUGUUUGGCUACAAAAGCAACAGUGAAACCGAAAAAAAGAGAUUUGGUUUAUGAUUGCCAAAGCCACCAGAGACAGAUUUUUGGUUUGACAUUUCAGAUGACAGUAACAUUAACAUUUUAAAUGAAAGAGUAACUUCAAUAAUAUAAAAUUCCUUCCAAAAAACCAAUUAACAAACAAAUGUAACAAGAGGAGGAAAAAAAAGAAAGAAGAAAAGCUACAAAUGGUCCCAAGAUUGCAAAAUGACGGUGGCAAGGUGUGGGCUGGCGACUGCCUCUACUUCAGGUUCGCAACUUUAUCUCAAUUGCAUUACUUCAGUUUAUUGAUUAAAAGAAACCUUUAUGCGAAAAGUCCCACACGAGAAUGAAACGCUAAACUGCACCCAGAGAGCGUUUACAGUAACAGGAUCGUGUCGAGAAAAAUAGGAAAGAGUGAACGAGCGACGUCUCAGACUCUGGUGUAGGUGGUUCCUCUCAUUAACUGAGUGGACCAAAACCAGAGUUUAAAAAACCGAAUUCCUGGGCUUACACACAGCAACAUUAGAAGAUUUAUGACAGUAUUCACAAACUUUUUCUGAUCGGACAUUUGAUGCUGCUCUUUGCUGCGUGUCCUCAGAAGAAAAUCCAAGAGGGGAAAGUGUAUCAAAACCACACUGCAAUUAUGAAGAAGCGAUGACCUGUGGCUUGGAAUGAUUCAAGACUGUGGUUUACUUCAACAGUGGAGUAAAGACACUUUGAAUGAUUAGCUGCCAAGGAAAAAAAAAUCCCAACUAAACUACAAAUCAUUGCACUAAAAGAGAAAAUGAGCCAGUGAGGUCUUUAAAGCGUAAACUACUGUCAGCUUUAACAUCAGCUUCCAGAGAGCCCAAUCAGCAACAGAUAAACAUGGAAGGCAUGCCCAUAAAUGGCCAGCGAAGGUUGAUACAGGUUCACCCCCGAAAAAGUGAUAUGCACGUUAUACGUCAUUCCCAACCCAUUCCUUGCCACCGGCAACAACAACAACAAAAAAAAAACAAAUGUUAUCAAAGCUUUCUGAUAAAAGAAACAAUGCAACACUGUGAUAAUACACAACAGUGAGAUACAAGAGCGAUUACUGAAAGACUGCAU